AUGAAUUCAACAGCGGCCAACGUGAAGCCUGAGCCGGGUCUGUACGGUCCAGAUGCAGCAGCGUCUCCUGCUAUUGCACGAUAUCUGAUUCAAGGCCCAUCACCACUAUCGAUUGGCCUUGUUGUUUUGAUCGGCGCCAUUUCCAGCUUCCUAUUGCAGCAAUUCCUCAAGCCAGCUGUUAAUCCACUAUCGCCAAAGUUCACCUCCAACACUUGGCCAUGGCUAGGCUCUCUGGGCAUGAUGAUCGGACACUGGACCUUCUGGAAAUCCUGUAUCAAGGAGUCUAAGACUGGACAAUUCAGCUUUUGGCUUGGCAGGACGCAUGUGGUUGGCCUCUCUGGUCCAGACGCACGCAAGAUGUUCUUCGAGCACCCAGCUUUGGAUCUCCACAAGGCCACGGAUCUUACGCCUUUGGGUGUGAACUUCUGGCCCAUCCACGCCAUCUUUACGCCGCGAGAUGAGAAGUUUCAGAAGAGCACUUACUGGCUCAGGACAUUGACGCACCUCAUGAAGACGCCCAACAUGGAGCGUUGCCUGCCCGGCGUUAUCCAGGAUGCUCGCACAGGCCUUGAGGCUCUUAAGCGAGACACACCUUCUGGCAUUAUCAACACGCCGAAAGUAUGGCCCGUUGUCUUCAAGCAAACCGCUCGCGUGUUCAUGGCCGACGAUGUCACUGAUGACCCAAAGUUGUGGGCGACAACACUGGGAGCUAUUGAUACCAUUCUGCAUACCUUCAGUCCAUUCAACACCCUGCUUCCGUGGAUUCCAGAGCCGAGCAUGAUACGACGUCGCAUGGCUCGACGCGCACUUCUGCGUGUAUCAAGAGGCAUCGUGCGCGACCGACAUGCGUCACCCAAGAGCGCCAGUAAGAAUGAUGCAGUACAGUCGCUCAUCAACCUUGGCGAUCCCGAUGACAACAUCUCCGAAUUCAUGAUCAACGCUGCCUUCGUGGGAGUGGUGAAUGCUCAUGUCAUAUUCCCGCAGCUGCUCAACGCUCUAGCCGUCCACCUUGACUGGCAGGACAAGGUCUACAAGGAAGUCACAGAGGUAGCGGACCAGCAUUGCAAAGAGCAGUGCCUGCCACUGGUAGACAAGCUUUUCCAUAUCCCGUUGUCAGCCUGGGAGAAUUCUUUCCCAAACGCUGCCCUCAUGAUGGAGGAAAUCAGCCGUAUCUGGACUUGCUUCCCGACCGCCCGCUUCAACACUCUAUAUGAAUCGAUCCCAAUCCCAGGAACGAGCGAAGUCAUCCCAGCACGAACUCAUGCCAUCUACAACUCUACUGAGAUCCAUUUUAACCCCAAGCUCUACGACAGACCUGCUUCAUUCCGGCCUGACCGUUUCGCGCCUGAGUCGCAGAAGACUUGGGAUAAAGAACCACAUGGAUUGAACACGUGGGGUACUGGACAACGACUGUGCUCGGGAAUGCGCUGGGCAAAGCUGCAACAGAACAUCUUGAUGGCGGUUGCUCUAUCUCUGUACAGAUUGGAGAAGUGCGACAAGGAUGGAAAGCCAGACCCAUCGGCAUACGAAAAGCAACAAGCCAUGGACGGCGAUCUCGACGAGGAGGUGGCUUUUGUGCUUCCAGAAUGUUUCGUCAAGCUCAUUCCAAGGGAGUGA